AUGCCUUGCUGGGCACUUCUUCUCCUCUGCUCCCUGGAUGGCAGCCCAUCCCUACCAGUGGGCAAGCAGCGUUUAGCGAUACCCUGCAGCAGCUGCCCGACCAGGUUACACGGUGUAAGACCAUCUCAUCGUAUCACUUUCGCUCUGCUGGGCAACUGUCACCAACUCCACCGCCCAGUCUCGAGACCGAGACGCAAGAUCAAAAGUCCAGACCAAGACGAUGAGGAGAAGGAGAAUGGGAAUGCGCUGGAGAUUGAAGAGCAUCCACCGGCACUCUGCCCGAUCGACGACUGCAUGGAGCAGGUGGCCCACUCGCACCUGCUGCGCCACAUAAUGAGCGCCCACAUGAACUGCUCGGGCACUGCUGAGCUAGUCCCCGUGCAGACGCAGAUGAAGGAAGUGGCCACUGGGGCGACGACGCUGCUGUUGCUGGACUACCGGCACAUGCCCCUCGGCCGGGACCUGUGCCUGGCCGUGCUCAACUGGCGGGGCGACGGCUGCUCCUGGGAUCUGUCGGUGCCGCAGCGCGAUCUGCCGCUCAGCGUCCAGGCGCUCAGCCUCCACGUGCCCGUGGUCGUGAUGGUAUGCCGGACCACCUGGAAGUCGGUGCUGACCCCGCCCAGCCAACGGCCGGGCCCGAAUGAGCCGAGAGACGUCACCCAGGAGUUGGGCAAACUGCUGCUCAUCUGGCUGCUGUGCCCGGCCAUUCGUCGUCCCGUGGCGGUCACCCUGACGAUCAUCAACAGCAAACUGAAGGUGCUGAAGCGGACCCGCCGCAUGCCGCGCGUCCACACCACUCAGUUCAUCACAGGGCCGAAUCACUACUUCCUUCACAUCGAUGAGGACGAUCUGGAGGAGCUGUGCGAUUGCGGAAAGUCCGCCGUUUUCCUCCAGCUGGUGAUCGAUGGCGAGCUGCAGCCUCAACUCUCCAAUUGAAUAUUUUCGGAGAACUCAAAAUAGAAUUAAAGUCAACUGAACUAA